AUGGCUAGCGAUGAUAGAUUUGAGGCGACUUCCAAAAAGUUUCGCCAGAGAGGACAAUCCAUAGAAGCAGUAUCAUCAUCCUCAUCGAACGUAUCCUGGAUAGAAGUGUCACCUAGACCUACAAUAAUUUUCGAACAAACACAAGGUACCACCACUUUAUCGCAGAGUACAUCGGGACAGUCGUCACCUGUCACACCAUACAUCAGCCUGUUUGCGUCACCCACCCUAGUUUUUAUCAACCUCUCAUCAGAAAGUUCCACAAAAUCUGAAGUAACGCACAUACCGUAUUUUUCACCUAAAAGGUCACCAGAAUCCCAUGUAACCAAAAUAAACCAGCCAAAAAUAGAGAAGUCAGAAUUAUCAUCGCCUUCAUCAUCAUCUACUUCAUCAUCAUCUACUUCAUCAUCAUCUACUUCAUCAUCAUCUACUUCAUCAUCAUCUACUUCAUCAUCAUCUACUUCAACAUCACCAACAUCAUCUAUAACUUUAUCACCAAAAUUACCAUCAAAUAACUCCCCACCAACAUAUACACCCACUACGACACCCCCAUGCAAUCGUAAAGAUCAUUUUGAAGACAUCUCAUCAGAGCCAAGUUUUUGCAGCGAGAUUGAGCCCACCACAUCAUCACACAUCAUAAGCCAAACUGUUAACAUAUCCACAGAAAUUGACGAGUUAGCACAGAUGCCUCAAGAACUACAAAAUAAAAUAAACAAAUUACUCCAAACUCGAAAGAUUGGUCAGCGCUACAAGUUUUUGCAGCAGAUAGGAGACAGAACGUAUCGGGUAAUUGUGGCGAAGAGUGGAAAGGUUCAAGCCCAGCUAUUAUAG